CGUUGAGUAGUGUGGACGUGUUCUUUUACCGCUCGCUAGUUGUCCUAUAGUGUGGUACCGUCGUCAAUCGAACUCGGUUUGCGCGCCGCGGGUGCGGUCAUCUUUUUUGCCUCCUUUUCCCGGCGAUUAUUAUUGCUGUUAUUGUUGCUUCUUGUUUGUGUUUCUUUCGUUCCUUGCUUUGGUGGGCCCAUCAUCCCUGUUUGUGGCUCGGCUCCCCCUUUGGGUGUGUUUUUGUCCGUCAGUGAAAAUCCUAUUGGAAGAUUCUGAUUCAUGCGCCACUGUUUGGUGCAUUCCACAUUGAAAAAAAAAUUAAAGAAAAAAACCUGUGUAAGAAUAAGUGAAUCAUAUUUACAUCCCAUCGUAAGAAGCAUUGAGUGAAGUGAAUACAGUCAGCCAGUGAGCAGAUAAAAUAUUGUGGUGGCCAAACCUGAAAAGUACCUCAGAAAAAAGAAGAAAAUAAGUUAGUUUGUGCAAGUGUAUAUGUGUAGGUAGGUGAAGGAGCCUCCCAAAUACCCCAACCAAGCAGCAGUUAAAAGCCGAAAAACGGUGACACGGCGAAGAAAAAUACUGAAAGCGAGAGAGAGUGUUGAAAAUCAACAACGAAGACAAGCCAACAAGAACCACCUAAAGUAACAGCAGAAACAACAAAAUUAAGAAGAAGCAGCUGAAGCAGCUCGCGUAGAAAAGAACCAGGCGCGAACCUUCGUCUUCUUCGGUGGAAUAUUUAAUAAGAUCCACCGCCCAGUUGAAACCGAACCCUGCUAUAUGCUUCCUCCCUCUCACCCCGGGCGAGAGUGGAGCUUAGGCGGGUAUUGAACGAUCCGAGCGCGCGUCUAACGCUUCGUCAAGUCUUCUUUUAAACGCAAUCGACAGAACACACGAACGCCGACAAUGCCUGGUGAAUCGAAAACGACAACGCCAACGGCGGCCCCCAUUCCGGAACCAGCCGCCACUACUCCCAAGAAAAAACCAGCCUCCUCUUCCGGCAAGGCCGCCCUCGCCAAAGUCACAGUCCUCGAUGGCUCGAUACUGGAGGUUACCAUUGAUCGCAAAGCUCGCGGCCGAGAUCUGCUGAACUCGGUUUGCGCCGGCCUGAACAUCCUGGAGAAGGAUUACUUCGGAUUGACCUACACGACUCCAGUGGAUCCACGCGUCUGGCUGGAUCUGGAGCGGCCGAUCGCCAAAUUCUUCCGAUCCGAUCCGUGGGAGAUGAACUUCGAGGUCAAAUUCUACCCGCCGGAACCGGCCCAGCUGCAGGAGGACAUCACCCGAUACCACCUGUGUCUUCAGGUGCGCAACGAUAUCCUCGAAGGUCGGCUGCCCUGCUCGUUUGUGACGCAUGCCCUGCUGGGGUCCUAUCUGGUCCAGUCGGAGCUCGGUGAUUACGAUGCCGACGACAUGAAGGAUCGAGCCUACCUGAAGGAGUUCAAAUUUGCCCCGAACCAGACCCCGGAACUGCUCGAUAAGGUUAUGGAUCUGCACAAAACGCAUAAGGGACAAACUCCAGCUGAAGCUGAACUUCACUACCUAGAAAACUCAAAGAAACUGGCCAUGUAUGGUGUAGAUCUGCAUCCGGCCAAGGAUUCUGAAGGUGUAGAUAUCAUGCUGGGAGUUUGCGCUUCGGGAUUGCUAGUUUACAGAGAUAAACUUCGAAUCAACCGUUUUGCCUGGCCCAAGAUCCUGAAAAUCUCUUACAAGCGUAACAACUUCUACAUCAAAAUUCGACCGGGUGAGUUCGAGCAGUACGAAUCGACGAUCGGUUUCAAGCUGGAAAACCACCGGGCAGCGAAAAAGCUAUGGAAGGCCUGCGUCGAGCAUCACACCUUCUUCCGGCUGAUGACUCCGGAACCUAUCAAGAGCGGAGUUUUCCCCCGGCUGGGAUCGAAGUUCCGGUACUCCGGUAGGACCCACUACGAAACGCGUAAGGCUCCGGUUGAACGACCGGCACCAGAUUUCACACGCAGCCUCACCGGAAAACGGCUUUCCAGUAGAAGCAUGGAUGCUCUGGCUCAGCAAGAAAGGGAGAAGGCAGCCCAGAAAGAUCAGAAUAAAGACGCCAACAAACGGCACACGAUGUCGCAUCCUCCAGACCACAUUCCGGAUCUGGAAUCACCCACUCGUGGUUCCCGAAGUCCGAUCAAGAAGGACAAGAAAGAACGCCUGAAGCGCGAAUCCAGUACCGGAACGGCUUCAGCAUCGUCGCAGAGUUCUCUCGAGGGCGACUACGAUAUCGGGGCGUCGGCAUCGAACGUCGUCCAUCAGAAACCUGUCGGGGGCGUUGCCGUGCUGCCCGUCGCUGGCAAGAAGGAUAAGGACAAAGAGAUCAAGGAAGGAGUGUCCCCGGUCAAGGAGGAAACCGUUAAUGGAAACAACGGCAAUCAGGAACAGCUCAACUCCUCAACGGAGGAAAAAUCCUCCCCAACUGGAAAGCGGAAGGGUUUCCUGUUCUCGUCGGGUCGCAAGUCACCGAAAGAUAAGAAAACUCCGGUUGCCGUAAGCAACGGUAAUGAUAAUAGUACCGGUAAGAGCAAGGAAUCGUCGCCGACUAAGGAACAGGUGCAAGCUGCUGGGCAAAAGGGUCAGGAUGCUGGCAAACCAGGUUUCACUAAGCCUUACGAGUACUCGGAAAGCGAUCCCAACACUAGUCCGCAGCAUAAGAAGAACAUCAAGACGCGUGGCUUCCGUUACGACGAGGAUCCCUCUGUAACGGCUCGGGAUAAGGAAGAGGCACAGCUUAGCCCGAACUCCCAGGGUCGUAGGGCUACGGGAUUGGCCUUUAACUAUGCUCCGGGUGAAGAUCAAAAGGUGCGGGAGUCCGUUGAGAAAAGAGGUGUGGCCGGUGAUGUCGGAAAAGAUGGUAAACUCUCGCCGAAGGGUGCCGGUCGGGGUUUGCCGGGUGAAUCGGAGGCUGAGAAGGGCGUGAGAACUAGCGCCAGAUCGUACUCGCCGAAUAAGGGACGUGGAGCUGAUGCUGCCUUGACCGGGGCUGGAUCGUUCCGUCCUUUGGAUGAUUCUUCGCCUGGAAAGGAUUCUAGCACUGCAUUCAUUCAGGGAGAGCAGGGAGCUGCUUUGGUUCCUGGAUAUACUGAACCGGCUAAGAAGAAGGUUAAGAUCAUGGUGAUCAUUUCCCGAUUUGACCCGAAGACCAAGAAGGUCGAUACGGCUAAUGGAGUGGUUGAGCACUCUACUGGUGUUCUGGACACCCAGACAGGUCAAAUCGAAAGCAAGUAUGGAGUGAUUGAUCCGAAGGCCGGAACGAUCGUUUGUUUCAACCAACAAACUGGCCAGAACGAUACUAUUCAGGGACAGGCUGAUCCGAAAACCGGACAGAUUCACAUAGUUAGCGGUGUUGUUAAUCCAUCGACCGGUAAGGUUGAUGACGGUUUGGGUCAGGCCAUUGUGAUCGCUCCAGAUGAUGAUUCGAUCGUGGAAAUAACUGCGAUAACGAGUAAGAUCGAUCCUGCGACUGGUAAGAUUGAUACCACCAAUGGAGAGGUGGAGAAGACCCGAGGAAUUCUGAACAACAAGACGGGAGUGAUUGCUACCAAAUACGGUGAGAUCAACCCGAAGACCGGUGAACUGCGGACGGUUGACCCCAAGAGCGGUAAGUCUAGCAAACGAACGGUGGCAAUUGAUAAGGAUAAUGGUCAGAUUACGAUCGUUGGUGUUACGGAUCCGAAGACCCACAAGAUUGACAACAGUCAGGCUCAUCUGAUUGCCAUUGGAAACCAAGUUGAUCCGGUUGUCGAAGUGACCUCGGUGCUGGGUAAGCUGGAUAAGAAGGGAGUUGUUGAUCCGAAGACUAUCACCUUCGACAAGAGUACCGGGCAGUUGAACACCGAAGACGGCAGGAUUAACACUAAGUUUGGUCAGUUUGAUAUGGUGAAGCAGACGGUCACUUUCGUUGAUCCGAAGACGGGUAAGACCGAAACAAAAGAAUGUAAGAUCGAUCCGGUUACUGGACAGAUUGUGUUGAAGAACCAAGUUAAUCCAAAGACCGGAAAAGUUGAUAAGGAUUACGGAAGGAUUGUGUCCAUUCGUAUCGUUCAAAAUCGUAUCGACCCUGCUAGCGGAAAGCAAGUUUCAACGGUCGAAGAUAAGGAUAUUCGGGUUGAUCCUAAGACCAAUCAAAUCUGGAUCCCAGAAGGCAAAGAUCCACGAACUGGUGAGGUCAUCUACACCUCGAGCCAAGUUGAUCCAAAGACCGGCUAUGUCAUAACAAUCUACGGCUAUCUUAAUCCGAAAACUAACGAAAUCGAGAAACAAACUAAGCUGGACCCGAACCUGACCAAGGUUGAUCCAACCACCGGUCAAAUUUACUCUGCCACUGGCCAGGUAGAUGAAGCUACUGGAGAACCUUUGUUUGCUGCCUCCCAAAUAAACGAUGAAAAUGGAGAAAUCUAUACCAAGGUCGGCCGAGUGGAUCCCAAGACCGGAAAGCUGGUUAUAAUCAAGAUUUUGAUCCUUACCAAAAAAGACGAACGUGGAAAACCGGAGGAAGUGGAUGUCAAUGGCGUUGACUUUGAUCCGGUGACCGGAAAAAUAAACAACAUCGCCACCAAGACUGUCUACGUGUACAAGAUGCGUGACCCGAUCACCGGCGAAACCUACCAGGUAGAUCCGAACGACCCUAGCAUAGCGGGAGCCCGAACAACGGUAACCCAGACGAUGACCCUCAGCGGAGAAAUUGACCCGAUCACCGGGCGCAUCAAGUCCGAAUGGGGCCACAUCGACCCGAACACCGGAGACAUCGAUCCGGCAACCGCCAUCAAGGAUCCAGUCACUGGAAAACUGAUUCUCAACUACGCAGACAUCGAACCCAGUCACUUUGGCAAGAACGUCACCGUAACGAAAGAAACCGUCCCCAUCACCCGGGAACAGUUCUACGAAGGCAUCAAACACCUCGGAAAGAAAGCCAUCCGACGGGAUUCGGAAAGCUCCGACGACGACAUGGCCGAGUACGAACACGAUAACGUUAAAGAGAUCAGCUCCGGAACGCCCAAAACGGCGGCGGGAGGCAAAUUCGGCGGCACCCCCACAGUAGUGAAAACGACAACGAAACAGGUCAUCACCAAGAACGAGGACGGCGUCACGCACAACGUCGAGGAGGAGGUGCAGAACCUGGGCACCGGGCAGAUCGUCUAUUCGACCCAGGAACACAAGGCCGAUGCCCCCAGCGACAUCCAGGGCAAGUUCCUGACGGCCACGGCCGUAACGACGCGAACGGCCACCACCCACGAAGAUCUGGGCAGCAAAGCCAAAACGCAACAGCUGGAGGAAAAGACGGUGGCCACGACGACGACCCAACAUGGCGAACGCCAGGAACAGCGCACCAUUACCCAGGAAGUGAAAACCACGGCCACGGUAACCAGCGGAGAUCAGUUUGCCCGCCGGGGUAGCAUUUCGUCGACGAGUUCCGGUGAUUCCGGAACCCCAAUCGAUGGACCGUACGGCGGCGAAGACGACGAUUCGACGGUGAUCUUCAACAAGAGCUACACGGGUGUUGACAACGUAGCCGGUGCUUCGAAAGUCCCAACCGGACCGAACGUGGAGCACACCCGAGUCCUACUGGAUAACACCGUGGAAGGCGUCACGGCCACCGGAGAGAUCGAAUCCACCCAGACGGUAUCGAGCAAGACCCGAACAGUGGAAACCAUUACCUACCAAACGGAACGAGAUGGCAUGGUGGAAACCCGAGUGGAACAGAAGAUCACCAUCCAAUCGGACGGAGACCCGAUCGAUCAUGACAAGGCGCUAGCAGAAGCAAUUCAGGCUGCCUCCCGGAGGAUGCACCGGCACCCGCAGGAUAGAAUCGAUGAGCUCAGUAAAGCUAUGUUCGAAGGAAGAAAAUUCCCGAGAGUGUAGUUUGUGUUCUGUUUUUGGAAGCAACCGCCAUGAACCCGGACAUGACCGUAGAGAAAAUCGAAAUCCAGCAAACGCAGUAGACAAUUGGGGUAAGUUGAUUCGAAAUUGAAAGGAGCAAAUUGAAUUUCAUCACAACAAACCCGCCGUGGGUGUAAGGAUGCAAGUAUUACGAUUGUUGUUGCGUAACAACAUGAAUGAUCAUCACAGCUAGCUGCUUCUACUGGAAGGAGAUGAUUCUACAUUAUUUUUUUUAUUGUUUGCUAGUUUUUAAGUUUAUACAAAGUACUAAAAACUCCGGGCAAAAGUGCGAAACAAUCAGUCAAUCAAGCGUAUCGGUCGGUUGAUUGAUGUGAAGAGGACAGUUUACCUAGUGGUUAAGGAAGAUAUUUGUUUUAAGUUGGAGAUCGCUGAAAGUUUGAUGUAUUGCAAUCAACAGUCUUUACACAAUCAGAUCGCUUGUAUGUCUACAUUUAUGUUGGUAUAAGACGGCGAAUUUGUCACGCCCUGGAUUAUUGUUGAAUGAAAAGAUUUAACAUGAUAUGUAUUUACACAGAAAAAAAACGAUUGAGGGAAGUACGUAGAAAAGCAAAAAAAAGCUGAGAGAAGUGACAGAUGUGUUGAAGUAGAAGGAACAAAUCAUAUUUGCUUUUAAUGUUUCAUGUAUGCGCAAAUCCCAAGAUCGUAAUCGUAUAAAUAUGCUCUAAAUUUGAUCAAUGAUAUCUACCAACUUUACCUAUUUAAAUUGGCUGAGAUCAACAAAAAUAUAACCAAUCGCUGAGCUCCACAAGCAUAUAGUGGAGAAAUUCGCUGAAGCUUUUGAAGGAAAAUUUAAGAAGAAGCCAAGAGUCGAACCAAUCUUUUUACUCCAGCUCCUUGUCUAGUGAUUGUAGCCUCUUAUUUAAGGUUGCCAGAAUUUUUUCCACUCCCAUCCGGGCCUAGCAAUUCCGGGCAUUUUUUCAAAAAAACCUGGCAAAAUCCGGGCCUGGAUUUCAAUUUUUCAAAUCCAAAAACCGGGCAAAAACCGGGCAAAAUUUAGGUGUUAUUAUAUGUAAAAAGCAAAGAAAAAAUGCAAAAAAAUGAAAUUUAGACUUCCAAAAACUUUUUGGAACACUUAAAUAUUUAAAGGUUUAUAAAAGUAAAUCAGCGAAAUUAUUUGAAAAAACCGUUGAAAAUUUCCAUACCGUUAAUCGAUUUUGCUGAAACUUACUCAAAAACUUUGAUUUUUUUUGUUUCUUUGUGAAAAUUGUGAAAAAAUCCGGGCAAUAUCCGGACUUUUUUCACGAUAUCCGGGCAACCGGGCUGGACCGGACUUUCUCGAAAUUUUGCAUCAAAUAUCCGGGCAAACCCGGAUAAAACCGGGCAAUCUGGCAAGCUUACUCUUAUUGUAUAGUGGAACUUUAUACAACAAAAAGAAAAAUAUAUAUCGACUAAGAACAUCCUUGGGACAAAGUUUUCUCUUACAGUUUUUCCUGUUUCAAACGUACCUUAAAUGUAUUUUGCCUGAUCGGAACAUUGAAGUAGAAACCAAAACUAGCGAAAAAUAUUUAGCUGAACUGUAUUUACUCCGAACAUAAAAAAACAUCGUUAAUCACAUUAAAAAAAGAAAAACAAAACCAUCGUGUUCAUUGAUAGAAGUUUGCUACAGCAAGAGAAAAAAAAACAGUAGAUUGCAAAACACAGAAGUGACAAAAAAAGAAAGACCAAGCUGAAUGAACUAGACAAAGUCGAGCAAGCGCGAAUAGACACCAGAGAAAAAGAUUGAAUAUGUACCACACACCUACAAUCGUCAGAAAAUAACCAGAAAAGUUGCCUUAAUUUUAGCCGUGAAUUUCUCUCUGUCUUAAAAAAUGCUUCCAGCGAAUCAAUUUGGCCGAAUCUAUUGCUUCUCUCUUUUCCUCUCUCAAACAAAUGGAUACAUCUGUACUUUACUCUAUUUAUUUUCUAAUCUUAAAUUAACAUUCCGUAAACGGUAGAAAUCAAACGCUGUUUCUUUUAAGGAAAAAAAGUUAGCGGCUAACGCGCGUUAAGAAAAAUCACAUCGAACGUACUAAUCCAUUUGGAAGAAAAAAAUCAUUUCCUUCUAAUUUAUUCUAUUUAUCUAUGUUCCCAAGCGCCAUAAAGUUGGCAUUCCCGAAAUUUCCAACUUCCUUUUUAUGAUAAAACAAGAAAAACAUCUCCAAGUCUCCCAAAAACCUCUCCCAUCUUUCAAAGUAGAGUAGUGUUAGUUCCGAAGAAAAAAAACAUCUUACAACGGAUAGAGAAAACCACAAAAUGAUAAAAGUAACACGACAGACAGUCAGACAUACAUAUUUUAGAGAGCAGCCCGGAAACCGUAGACGGAAAACUAUUUUUGUAAGCUUUUUUGCGAAUCGUAACAAAACAUCAAAACAUAAGGAAAAUCGAAACAAGAAUCACAAUUAGGUAUUUAUGAUAGUAGGUAUGGAUAUUUGCAGAACAGUCAGGCAUUAUUUGCAAACUAUAAUAUAUUAACAACAAUCUUAAACGUACGCUUCAGACGAAAAAAAAUCUAAAAAUUCCCCUUCUCGAAAAACAAUAUUUGAAAACACAUUUUUCGGUUUUGAUGCGAAAAAUUCUGUCCGUUUUGUUCCACCAUUCGAACCCCAUGUGUAUCGUUAUAAAGUUUAAUACGUUUAAAAGAACUAAGAUUUUGUAAGAACUUUUUUGUUUUAUUUUUUCUCUCUUGUGAGCGAUAUAUUGAUUUAUUUCCCUUCUGUAUAUCUACCAUUCGCAGAAGUGCUGUGUAGAUUUGUUUUAUCGGAGUAAAAGAAAACAGAGAUUUAUUUAUCGUGUAACAGCCGAGUAACUAGUGACAAAUGAAAAAAAAAACAUUAAGUAAAGGAACAGAAUCGAGAAUGGUAUAGCGAGAGAAUACCGUGCAAACAAUUAGCGAUCUAUAUAUAGUUGUUAAGAGCCAUUAUUUAAAUGUUGAAAAUUUGAAAACAAACAGAAAAACUGAAUUGAGGAAGCGGAGAUAAAUGAAAAAAAAAAAAUUAAACAAGUGUGAAUGUAUCAACAACCACACGCUGCUAUGCAUUUUAUGGCUUCAAAACAUACACAAAAACAAUAAAAUCAAACAAAUGUGAAAUCACAAGAGGAAAACAUAUAAAAUUUAAAAAGCUGCGUAUUCGAUCGAUUGGGUCAUACAGAUAUAGGUGAAGCGCCGCUACCAGAGAAUUAAGCGAUUAAGUCUAGCUUAUGUGAAAAAAAAAAUAAGAUAAAUCAAGAUUUU